CACACGACCCCGACCGCACAACUUCUUUCACCUCCCCAACUUGGUGACCCACUAAAUCCGCAUUCGCCUUUUUUUCUGACUACAUCCCCCAGCUUUUAACGGCUUUGACCAUCCACUCUCACGACUCACGAGCAACUUACAAGCCAAUCCUAUCAAUACUAAAUCGAGUUCCUCAGGAUAUUCAAAUUACCUAUAUUCGAUCCUGCAUUCUAGAACGAUAUCUUCAUUGGUAACGCUCUUCAUUCAGUCGAUCCAGUAAUUCCCCCAAUAGGGGAUUACAUUGCUGGAUUACUAUUGGACUGCCUCACCUAUUACUUUCUAUAAAAUCACUUAUACACUUUCUUAUACCAUAUUUCCUUCCACAUUCCCCAAUCAUGUCGUCAUUUCUAAAAUCUGCGAAGGUGUCUUCGCGGAAGACUGGCGUCCAGUUCAGACCCAGGGGGGUUGGCCCUGGCGAUCGCAUCAAAGAGGUUCUACAACGAAACCAAAUGAGGGCCAUGGGAAUGAGUCCUACGCCUAUGACACCACCUACUACACAGAAUAAACCUUCCUCGGAUCGGCAAUCCUGUCCAAAUCCCCACUGUUCUAACCCGUUAGCACCAAUUACUGAUGGCUUCUGUUCUGCUUGUGGUCGUGAAAUCGAUUCUUCCAACAUCGUUGCUGAAGUCCAGUUCGGCGAAAAUUCAUCCGGUGCUGCUGUUGUCCACGGAAGUUUUGUCGGGGCCGAUCAAGGGAGUGCUUCUAGAAAUUUAGGGUCGCAAUAUAGACGACUCGGCGGUAGUCUCACGGACGCUCGGGAGAAGACUAUUCGUGAAGCCAAGAAUAUGAUGGUCGGCUUUGCACAUCAGCUCAAGGAAGUUCCUCCAAACGCUGUAGAUGCCGGCAUCCAGAUCUUCAAGCUCGUCAUGGAGGAGAAUUGGCUCCAGGGACGAGGUAUGGAUAAAGUGGUUCCCGUAUGCCUCUACACUGCUUGCCGCAGAGAGGAUCGUUGUAAGGUCAUGCUUAUCGAUUUUGCUGAGCUUGUCCACGUAAAUGUUUAUGAGCUUGGCCAUAUUUUCAAGGACCUCAGCAAUAUCUAUUCCUUCCACAGCAACAAUGUCAAGUCGAUCAUCCCGGAAGAUCUGAUAUAUCGCUUUUGCUCAAAGCUCGAUUUUGGUGACUUCACCAACAAGGUUGCAGCUGAUGCAACUAGGCUAUGCCAGAGAAUGGGUCGUGACUGGAUGGUUAUGGGCCGCCGACCUUCUGGCAUUUGCGGAGCUUGUAUUCUUAUGGCGGCACGCAUGUGGAAUUUUAGGCGUACCGUCCGAGAGAUCGUCUAUGUUGUCAAGGUCACGACGCAUACGAUCGAACAACGUCUUGACGAAUUCACUGUUACGGAAAGUAGUGAACUGUCUAUCGAGGACUUCCUAAAUCAAGAGUUUCUCGAGUCCCGCCACGACCCGCCGGCAUUCUACAAAUCUACCGCGGAAUGGCAAGAGAAGAUGGAAAAGGAGGGCAGAGUUAGAAAAAGGAAGCGUGCGAUCGAAGACAUCGAUGGUGAGGAAGACCAGUCAAGUUCGAAUGCUGGAACACCAGCGCCCGACAGCUCUGCUGCCACGCCAAGACCCUCAACCGAAAUGCCGCCACCGCCAGUACCUCGCCCGCACCCGGACACCUCUAGGAUGCGUCAAGUCAAAGACUACCUACCAAGAUCCUUCGAUAACUCCGAGGGGAGAGAGUUGGUUGCCCCUUUCGACCCGGAGAAGAUUCCGAAGCCUGCUCCCCGGAAGAGCGCAGACAGGGAUGUUGUAGAGGGCCUCGCGGCCGAAAACCCAGAGGAUGAUAAUGCGAUGGAUGGGCUAGCAGCGACGUACGGCGCUUCGGACGACCAGCUCGAAGGCGAGGCUCAAGAUGAAGAGGAAGCACCAUCGCAAUCAGGAAAUCGGCGGCGUGGUCGCAAGAAGGGGGCUCCUGAACCGUCACUCACUUUUGACGACGAAUGGGAACGUGACGAGGCCGUACUGGAACAGCAGAUUAACGAGGUAAUCAACGACCCGCACAGCGAUGAACACGGCAAGGCCCUAGCUACUGCUGCACAUCUCGCGCACAUCAAGGCAGAGUGGGCGCGUUCUCUUCUCCCACAACGGGCGACGAAUAUGGACGAAAUCAUUGGCGAGGAUGAGUUUGCUGACGACCCCGAGGUCCAGUUCUGCAAGCUCUCUCCCGAGGAAGUAAAAAUCAAGGAAAGCAUAUGGAUUAACGCGAACAAAGAUUGGCUGCGAAAGAAGCAAGAGAUAAUCUAUCGUAAGCAGAUGGAGGAGCUGGGCCCUCCAAAGCGGAAACGCAAUCGCGUAAAGAAGCCACGAAUCGGUGAAGGCCAGCUCACACCUGCUUCUACCCCGGGCGAGGCAGCCAUCGAAGCACUGAAGAAGCGGGACACAUAUUCAAGACGUAUCAACUAUGACGCCAUCGAGAAUCUCUUCACCAGCGACAAAGACCGAGGACCUGGAUCGGUAGCGUCUCGUAACGGAAGCGGCCCCGCAAGUCGUGCAGAGAGCGUUGUGGCUACCAACGGUAAAGCAGCACCCGAGGCGGCCGUCAAUGACGAGGGCGUAGAAGACGGGAAUGAAGAGGUAGAAGAGCAAGUCGCGGAAGAAACGUACGACGACUACUACGAUGAUCAGGAGCAGCCAAACUACGACGAAACAGGGUAUGACGAAGGAGGCUAUGGCGGAGAAGACUAUGGCGAUGAGGAAUAUUACUAGUUGAGAAUAAUCCCGGUGGAAAGCUAGCUGAGCUGAUGUUAAAUCCGAGCUCGCGAGCUGUAUUUUUAGAUCUCACGAUGAUAGCCCCAGUUGGCACAUCGUUUGGGCUGCGGUUCUGUAUUUUAGUGUAUAGAUUCUACGCAGGUCUUACGUUUAAGCGCAGGAAAAGGACCUGUAAGGUUACAAGAUACAUGUUCAAUCGGUUGGAGAAUACCCAUAGACAAUCGUCUUCACAGAAUCUAUUUAUUCCUUGUAUCUGACUGCCGAAGCUAUGGUAAACUGUAAAAAGCG